GCGCCUCCCCCGCCUCAGUGCGUUACUUACCUCGACUCUUAGCUUGUCGGGAACAGUAACCGGGACCCGUGUCUACUCCUGAUUCCUGCGCUUGCAAACCCGCAGCCAUGCGUGAGUGCAUCUCCAUCCAUGUUGGCCAGGCCGGUGUCCAGAUCGGCAAUGCCUGCUGGGAGCUCUACUGCCUGGAACACGGCAUCCAGCCCGAUGGCCAGAUGCCAAGUGACAAGACCAUUGGCGGGGGAGAUGACUCCUUCAACACCUUCUUCAGUGAGACGGGCGCUGGCAAGCAUGUGCCCAGGGCAGUGUUUGUAGACCUGGAACCCACAGUCAUUGAUGAAGUUCGCACUGGUACCUACCGCCAGCUCUUCCACCCUGAGCAGCUGAUCACAGGCAAGGAAGAUGCUGCCAAUAACUAUGCCCGUGGACACUAUACCAUUGGCAAGGAGAUCAUUGACCUGGUCCUGGACCGAAUUCGGAAAUUGGCUGACCAGUGCACAGGCCUUCAGGGCUUCUUGGUUUUCCACAGCUUUGGUGGGGGAACUGGUUCUGGGUUCACCUCCCUGCUGAUGGAACGUCUCUCCGUCGAUUAUGGCAAGAAGUCCAAGCUGGAGUUCUCCAUUUACCCGGCCCCCCAGGUCUCCACAGCUGUAGUUGAGCCCUACAACUCCAUCCUCACCACCCACUUUGUAGCAGAAAUCACCAAUGAGUGCUUUGAGCCAGGCAACUAGAUGGUGAAAUGUGACCCUUGCCAUGGUAAAUACAUGGCUUGUUGUCUGUUGUACCAUGGUGACGUGGUCCCCAAAGAUGUCAAUGCUGCCAUUGCCACCAUCAAGACCAGGUGUACUAUCCAGUUUGUGGACUGGUGCCCCACUGGCUUCAAAGUUGGCAUUAAUUACCAGCCUCCCACUGUGGUACCUGGUGGAGACCUGACCAAAGUACAGCAAUCUGUGUGCAUGCUGAGCAACACCAUAGCUAUUGCUGAGGCCUGGGCUCACCUGGACCACAGGUUUGACUUGAUGAUUGCCAAGUGUGCCUUUGUCCACUGGUAAGUAGGUGAGGGCAUGGAGGAAAGAGAGUUUUAUGAGGCCAGUGAGGACAUGGCUGCCCUUGAGAAGGAUUAUGAGGAAGUUGGUGUGGAUUCUGUUGAAGGAGAGGGUGAGGAAGAAGGAGAGGAAUACUGAUUCCUUUCAGCCCUGCAACAUGUCAUACUCAGAACUUCCAGGUCCAACAGCUGACAGGCAUUAAAGCUUUCUGGUUAGAUUUUCUUCGCUUUUACUUGUGAUCAUGUCUGCCUUUUUUUCAUGUAUACCUGUACGAUUUUCCCUUCAUGUUUAAAAGUAAAGGCAUGGAGAAAGAAA